AAGAAAGAGGGGAAAAAAAUGAAGUACUUAUUCUUAAUAUUUCUCAUGAAUUUAUUACACCAGUAUGCUGGGAAAUCUUUGAGAAGAGAUGGAAGUUCCCUGAAGUCAUUUGAAGACAUUAAGAAUGAGAUAGCUGGCUAUACUAAUAUUGCUAAGGCUAUUAUCGAUCUUGCUGUUCAUGGAAAGGCUCAGAACAGAUCCUAUGAAAGAUUAGCAGUUUUUGCUGACACUAUAGGACCUAGACUCAGUGGUUCAAAAAACUUAGAGGCAGGCAUCAAAUAUAUGUUCAAUGCCCUGCAGAAAGAUGGGCUGGAAAACGUGCAUCUGGAGCCUGUGAAAGUACCACACUGGGAAAGAGGAGAAGAGUUUGCAGUGAUGCUGGAACCAAGGAAUCACAGCAUUGCUAUUUUGGGACUUGGGAGCAGUAUUGCAACUCCUCCAGAAGGAAUUACAGCAGAAGUCAUAGUUGUAGCCUCAUUUGAUGAACUGCACAGACGAGCUCAGGAAGCCAAGGGGAAGAUUGUCGUCUACAAUGAACCUUUCAUCAGUUAUGGUGAAACUGUGCAAUACAGGUUACAGGGAGCAGUGGAAGCUGCUAAAGUUGGAGCAGUGGCAUCCCUCAUUAGGUCUAUUGCUUCUUUUUCUAUUCACAGUCCACAUACUGGGGAGCAGAGUUACCAGCCUGAUGUACCCCAAAUUCCCACUGCCUGCAUCUCUGUGGAAGAUGCUGAAAUGAUGUCACGGAUGUCUCUCCGCGGCACUAAGAUCGUUGUGCACCUGAGGAUGGGAGCUAAGACUUACCCAGACUCUCUGUCCUUUAACACUGUGGCAGAGAUAGUUGGAAGCAAGUACCCAGAGCAGGUUGUAUUGGUCAGUGGUCAUCUGGACAGCUGGGAUGUUGGGCAGGGAGCUAUGGAUGAUGGUGGUGGAGCAUUUAUAUCGUGGGAAGCAUUGUCACUCAUCAAGGAUCUGGGACUUCGUCCGAAAAGAACACUACGCUUGGUGCUGUGGACAGGAGAAGAGCAAGGAGGAGUAGGUGCUGAGCAAUACUAUCAGUUGCACAAGGAAAAUAUCUCCAACUUUGAUAUCGUUAUGGAGUCUGAUGAGGGCACCUUCAAGCCGUCUGGCCUGGGUUUUACUGGCAGUGCUGAACCCCGGGGCAUCGUGAGGGAGAUCAUGGCUCUGCUGCAGCCCAUCAACGCUACGGAUGUUUAUGACACUGCAGAUGGAACAGACAUCGCCCACUGGAUGAGGGACGGGGUGCCUGGUGCCAGCUUGCAUAACGACAUCAAUAAAUACUUCUGGUUUCAUCAUUCUCAAGGGGACACGAUGACAGUUCAGGAUCCAAGCCAGAUGAAUCUCUGUGCUGCUGUUUGGACUGUUGUCUCCUAUGUAAUUGCUGACAUGGAGGAUAUGUUGCCAAGGUAAUAAAACAGCAAGAAAGAAGAUUUCUGUUCUUCAGUAAAGAUUGUAGGUCCACUAAUGCAUGUGGACUACAGCUGUAGUAAAUUCUGCUACACUUGAAUUUCUGCUUUAUUGCUAUAUCUGUUUUCCUCAAAACACACUCUUUUACACACUCCUGCUUCUUUUUGCUGUUUUGAUCUCUUCCAUUUGUGAUUUUCACUUAAAUUUCAGAUGACAAUAUGAUAGCUCUUUGACUAUGAUAUAAUAACCAUUUUUAUGCACAGUGGUCUUGUGCAGCAGGAAAAAUAUACCAA